CGCACGCGGCGCACCCCUUACAGCUCCGUGCUCUGGCAUCGAGUGUGGCCAUAGUCGUGAACUGAGAAAAGAGCUACGUGCAAGGCAACGCCUGAGAAGAUCGAGAUGGGCUGCGACGACAAGUGCGGGUGCGCCGUGCCGUGCCCCGGCGGCACGGGCUGCAGGUGCACCUCGGCGAGGAGCGGCGCGGAGCACACCACGUGCGCGUGCGGCGAGCACUGUGGGUGCAACCCGUGCGCGUGCGGGCGCGAGGGGACGCCGUCCGGGCGGGAGAAUAGGCGGUCCAACUGCUCCUGCGGCGCGGCCUGCAACUGCGCUUCAUGCGGCUCGACCGCCUGAUCGCGUCGACGCGCCACUAGUCGUGAACUGAUGCACCAGUAGUCGAGCUAGCUACUGAGUUAGCCAUAAAUAAGUGCCGCUGAGCCGUGAUCAGUCAUGUGUGUGCGUGUCGUGUACUACUACCUUGUUUGUGCGUGUGUGGAAAGUGUUGUGUAUAUUUACCUACCACCUACUCGCAUCAGUGUGUAAGAACGAAUAAAUAGUUUAUGUGUGUUACUUCGUCUA